UAGGCUGGCGACGCCCUAUUUCUUUUCUGUUGACUGCCCCGUACUGUACAAGUCCCUACCCUUUCUAUGCCGGGCAGGACUUCGGUGUAGAUAGUUCUAAUUUGGCUCGCUCCGUCCUUGUGCAGAAGUCAUGGUCCCCGCCGUCCUCAUUUCAGCUCACUGACACCUGAUACAUAAUUGCAUUUCUUGGAGUCCGCUCUGUCUUGGACCCCGAAAUCGCCGGGAACGGCGAUGGCACCGGAUGAGAAGGCGGCCACCGUGCUAUCGCAGGUUGCCCAGUUUCACGUCGAUGCCGAAUCUCAGCCUACUAGUCCACGGCUGCACAAAACAGCGGGUCCCGACAAUUCCGCCUCUGCAGUCCCCGUGACGGUCACGGUGAGCGAAGUGUCGUCUCCCCCAGCCUCGCCGGCCGAACGGCCUGCUACAGUCGAAACACAUCCUGAACCCGAACCGGAACCGGAACCCGAAGCUCGUAACAAAACCGAGCCAUGCAGCACAUUUGCGUAUUUUCCUCUGCUCCCGGCCGAGCUGCGUCUCAAGAUAUGGUGAGUCGGCUUCAC